AUGGCAGUAACCAGUGAGCUUAAGAUUGAGUCCUACAUCCACGAUAAGGGUGCCAGACUUAGCGAAGGCGUCACCUACUUGAAGGACUCAAAAACCCUUUUUUGGGUAGACAUCUUUCUGAGCGAGAUACAUUUUGUAACCGACAUUGAGCAGCCCAAGAAUACUCACAAAGUGGUGAAGAUUGACAGUCACAACUACAAUGGCGAAUACCCCUGCAGUACAGAGCUUCCGGAACGGGUAGGAGCAGUUUUCCCAGUAGAUUCGCCUCAAGGCGUGAAAGUUGCGUUCUUUGCGAGCAAAUACGGCAUUGGCCGUCUUUCCCUUGAGUCCUGCAAAUGGAAAUAUGAGGUCCUUUAUUCGUCGUGCCGCGAAACAUCUGGUAAAGCUUGGGACCGUUUGAGAUCCAAUGACGGGAACGUGGCUCCCAAUGGGGACAUCUACAUCGGAGUUAUGAAUGACUUCCACGUUGGUGUCGACACAAACAAGCAGGCUGAGGGCUGUCUUUUUUGCGUCAACGUGAAGAGUAAGACUAUACGCUUGAUCCUUGACAGCAUAUACAUUCCAAACAGUGUGAACUGGAACCCUUCUGGGGACGUUAUGUACGUGACGGAUUCGCUAGCCUUCAAAAUCUGGCAAAUGCCUUACGAAAAUGAUGUUCCACAAGUAUCCAAGAAGUCGCAAUACAUUGACUUUGCGCAGAUUAAUAGUGACUUUGCGAGUCCCGAGCCCGACGGGUCUGUUAUUGACCUCCGGGACGGGUUUCUCUACAGUACGGUUUUCAGCACGAACAAGCUACAAAUCUUUGACAACCACGGCAAAUUAGAGCGCGAAUUGGUGUUCCCAGACACGCCAAACGUUACUUGCUGUUGUCUGGGCCCCGGUGGAGAUCUUUUUGUCACCACGGCGUCACUGGACGUGCUUAAUGGCAACAGUUCAGGGCCUAGCGGUGCACUUUUCCGUGUCUCCUCCGGUUUCGUAGACGCGAAAGGCGAAGUGUCAUCUUCCAAGCUUGCCCCUGCGUUCUAA